AUGGAGAUGGCGGUGGCUAAUCACCGAGAGAGAAGCAGUGACAGCAUGAAUAGACAUUUAGACAGUAGCGGCAAGUACGUCAGGUACACGGCGGAGCAAGUGGAAGCUCUCGAGCGUGUCUACGCCGAGUGUCCUAAGCCAAGCUCUCUCCGGCGACAACAAUUGAUCCGUGAAUGUUCCAUUUUGGCCAAUAUCGAGCCUAAGCAGAUCAAAGUCUGGUUUCAGAACCGGAGGUGUCGAGAUAAGCAGAGGAAAGAGGCGUCGAGGCUACAAAGCGUAAACCGGAAGCUUUCGGCUAUGAAUAAACUUCUGAUGGAGGAGAAUGAUAGAUUGCAGAAGCAAGUCUCUCAGCUUGUCUGUGAGAAUGGAUAUAUGAAGCAGCAGCUUACCACUGUUGUGACUGAUGCAAGCUGUGACUCAGCGGUCACAACUCCUCAGCAUUCGCUUAGAGAUGCGAAUAGUCCUGCUGGAUUGCUAGCGAUCGCAGAGGAGACCUUGGCAGAGUUCCUAUCAAAGGCUACAGGAACUGCUGUUGAUUGGGUUCAGAUGCCUGGGAUGAAGCCUGGUCCGGAUUCGGUUGGCAUAUUUGCUAUAUCGCAAAGAUGCAGUGGAGUGGCAGCUCGAGCCUGUGGUCUUGUUAGUUUAGAACCUAUGAAGAUUGCAGAGAUACUCAAAGAUCGACCAUCUUGGUUCCGUGACUGUAGGAGCCUUGAAGUUUACACUAUGUUCCCUGCCGGUAAUGGCGGCACAAUUGAGCUCGUGUAUAUGCAGACAUAUGCACCAACGACUCUGGCUCCUGCCCGCGACUUCUGGACUCUGAGGUACACAACGAGCCUCGACAACGGCAGUUUUGUGGUUUGUGAGAGGUCACUAUCUGGAUCAGGAGCUGGUCCUAAUGCUGCUUCAGCUUCUCAGUUUGUGAGAGCAGAGAUGCUCUCUAGUGGAUAUCUAAUAAGACCUUGUGAUGGUGGCGGUUCAAUUAUUCACAUUGUCGAUCACCUUAAUCUUGAGGCUUGGAGUGUUCCGGAUGUGCUUAGACCUCUCUAUGAGUCAUCCAAAGUCGUCGCACAAAAAAUGACCAUCUCCGCGUUGAGGUAUAUCAGGCAAUUAGCGCAGGAGUCUAAUGGUGAAUUAGUGUAUGGAUUAGGAAGGCAGCCUGCAGUUCUAAGAACAUUUAGCCAAAGAUUAAGCAGAGGUUUUAAUGAUGCGGUGAAUGGGUUUGGUGACGACGGUUGGUCUACGAUGCACUGUGAUGGCGCAGAAGACAUUAUCGUUGCUAUCAACUCUACAAAGCAUUUGAAUAACAUCUCCAACUCUCUCUCCUUCCUUGGAGGUGUGCUUUGUGCUAAAGCUUCAAUGCUUCUCCAAAAUGUUCCUCCUGCGGUUUUGAUCCGGUUUCUUAGAGAGCAUCGAUCCGAGUGGGCUGAUUUCAACGUUGAUGCGUACUCUGCUGCGACGCUUAAAGCCGGUACCUUUGCUUAUCCUGGGAUGAGGCCUACAAGGUUCACCGGGAGCCAGAUCAUAAUGCCGCUUGGUCAUACUAUCGAACACGAAGAAAUGCUUGAAGUUGUUAGACUAGAAGGACAUUCUCUUGCACAAGAAGAUGCAUUUAUGUCCCGAGACGUCCAUCUUCUUCAGAUUUGUACCGGGAUUGACGAGAAUGCUGUUGGAGCUUGUUCCGAGCUUAUAUUUGCUCCGAUUAACGAGAUGUUCCCUGAUGAUGCUCCACUUGUUCCUUCUGGAUUCCGAGUCAUACCCGUUGAUGCUAAAACGGGAGAUUCACAGGACAUGUUGACAGCUAACCACCGCACAUUAGACUUAACAUCAAGCCUGGAAGUCGGUCCAUCACCAGAGAAUGCUUCUGGAAACUCUUCUUCAAGCACAAGCUCGAGAUGUAUCCUCACUAUCGCGUUUCAGUUCCCCUUUGAGAACAACUUGCAAGAUAAUGUAGCUGGUAUGGCUUGUCAGUACGUGCGGAGUGUGAUUUCAUCGGUUCAACGUGUUGCAAUGGCGAUCUCACCGUCCGGGAUAAGCCCGAGUUUGGGAUCCAAACUGUCUCCUGGAUCUCCUGAAGCUGUUACUCUUGCUCAGUGGAUCUCCCAAAGUUACACUCAUCACUUAGGCUCGGAGUUGCUGUCGAUUGACUCGCUUGGAAGCAACGACUCUGUGUUGAAACUUCUUUGGGAUCACCAAGAUGCCAUCUUGUGUUGCACUUUAAAGCCGCAACCAGUGUUUAUGUUUGCGAACCAAGCUGGUCUAGACAUGCUAGAGACAACACUUGUAGCUUUACAAGACAUCACACUCGAAAAGAUCUUUGAUGAAUCCGGAAGAAAGGCUCUCUGCUCUGACUUUGCCAAGCUAAUGCAACAGGGAUUUGCGUGUUUGCCUUCAGGAAUCUGUUUGUCGACGAUGGGAAGACACGUGACUUAUGAACAAGCUGUUGCUUGGAAAGUGUUUGCUGCAUCUGAAGACAACACCGACAACAACAAUUUGCAUUGUCUUGCAUUCUCCUUCGUAAACUGGUCGUUUGUGUAA